CCUUAUCAUUCUCCCUCUCUACUUCUUUGCACACGUAUGUGCAUUGACCAUAGAACACUAAAUGCGGUGUUGCCUACCUUUCCAUUUUUGAUCUCAUUUUACCAAUUUACAUUUUUUGUUACAUUUUAAACCUUCUUUGUGCUUUCAAUUUUUUCUUCCGAUUUUUAUCACAAUUUAAAUAGUAAUUUUACUUUAACUGUAAUGACAAACUAAUCUAUGACCAUAAACAUAGAUUAGGUUAAUGUGAAUCUAUGCCCUAGAUAAGACAGUGCGGACAGCGGACAUAUCCUAAUUUGAAAUUACAUUUCUUUGUUAAUUUGAUUGAUCAGUCACUUUCUGAUUUUGUAAAUUAAAAUAUAUGUUUAAGUUGUUAUUCCAGUCAUGCAUUUUUGUAUAAUUCAGUUUUAUAUUUAAGGUUCAAGCUUCGUUACUAAGUGAAGUGGAUAAUAAACAAUAAAAGAAGUAAAGUGGGAUCAGAAAUCCAUAUUUUGAUACAGAAUAAUUAUUGUUUCUUCUCAAAAAAGAACGUGUUAACUAAUUUUAAAUUUGAAUUCUGGUGCCAAAAAUAUAGGAAUUCUAGUUUUAUGUGUUUGACGUUUAAGUUCCUAGGAUGUAAGCACAUGCGCGAUAACCUACAAUUUUGCUGCAGCCAUUUAUGUUGUUCGCAUUUUACCAAGUGUAAUACACAUAUAUUCAGGAUGACUGACUCAAUGAACUUUGGUCCAGAUUGGAUUCGUAAUUUAUCCUCUGAAGGUACAACUGGAGGAGGUGGUGGUGGAGGAACAAGAUAUCAGCUUGCUGAUUAUCGGUAUGGCCGAGAGGAGAUGUUGGCCUUAUUCGAUAAAAAUACAAAACCUCCUGUCUCUAUAACAAACUUUAAAUGUCUCUACUCUGAAACUUGUCUUCAACCUCUAGCCUUACUACCUGUAUCUGAUGAAGAACAAAGAGGAGGAGGAGGAGGAUGGCAGGGAAGGCCAAAUACAUUGCUGUCUGGCCCACCACGAGGAAGAGGGGGCUCACUAGAAAGAGGAGGUCGUAUAAGUAGAGGGAGGGGCUAUCAAUAUACCAGGCCACCGGGUGCUUAUGAAGGAGGUUGGGGGAAUGGAGAACAACCAGAUUGGAGCCCUAGAAAGGAGUAUCAAAGAAUGUCCUCAGAUAAUUGGAGAAGGGCCAGAAAUAAUGAAGAAGAUGAGUGGAGAAGUGGCACAGGACCGGGAAGAACUGGUGGACAUGAGAAAUGGGGAAGGUCAACAAGUUGGAGAGGUGAAGGGGAUUCAGAAGAAAGAACAGGUCCACCAGAAAGAGGUGGCCGUACUAGUUGGAAUGACAAUCGGGCGGGCUUAAUGUCACGAAAGUCCUGGGAAAGUGAAGAUCAUCUACCAGAAUGGGCUACAGAAAAUCCAACAGAAGGGGGAGGUACAUUUGAUGAAAAAGGGGCGUUUCAUGGAUCAGAUGAUGAACAGCCUGAAGGUAAACCACCCAACAAACGAGAUACAGUUCUUCAAAAAUCAACUUCUCAACAGCAUAUAUCAUCAAGAAGUCAACCUCCACCAAUGUCAUCAUCUAAAUCAACUCUAUCACUUGUUAAACAUGAAGAUACUUCACAUAAGAACGAAAUUAUACAUGAAAACCUAUCUAGACAAAAAGAAGAAGACAUAGUGCAGAGUAUAAAGCAAAAUGAUCUUCUAGAAGAAAGGAAAAAGUCAGUUCCCAAUAUUUCAGAAAAAAUUGAUAAAGACUUAGUCCAUCAAGAAAGAGCAAAGUCAGAAGGGCCACCAAAACUCACUAAACUUUACGAAAAACCUUUGAUGAUGUCCAACGGACCCGUUGAUAUUCCAAGACCUGAUAAUUCCGAAUUUGAAAAGUUACAAGAAGAUUUUGUUCUUAAAUUGGUAGUGGAUGAAGAUAUACCUAAACAAGUCCCCAAUAAUUAUGAUGUUGGAAGUAUACAACCUCCUCCAAAUUUGGUAGCAGCAUCUCCAAUAAUGGAUAAAUGGUAUUAUCAGGAUCCACAAGGUCAGAUGCAAGGUCCGUUUUCGAAUGCAGAAAUGGCGGAAUGGUAUAAAGCCGGUUAUUUUAGUAAUCAGUUAAAAGUUAGAAGACAGCUUGAUGAGAGAUUUUUUUUAUUAGGUGAAUUAAUAACACUUUGCGCUGGCGCUAAUCCUUUCCAAUCGGGAAUACGUUUUCCAUUACUAAAAAACGAACCUAAAAUGCCGUCAGAACCUGACAUUUUACAGCUCCAGUACCUGUCACAGAUGGCUGCAUAUAAACAAGCCCAGGCUAGAAUUCUCAGUGAACCUUGGAAUGCAAUUACAUUACAACAGCAAGAAAUGGCUGCCCAAAGACUGAUUAUGCAACAACAGCAGCAGCAACAACAGCAACAGGUUUCACAAGAUCUCCAAUAUUUGCAACAAUCACAAGCGGCCAAUCCUUUAAUGCACAUGAUUAAUCAAAUGCAACAAGCAAAUAAACUUCCAGGACAAGGAUUGGUCGAGAAACAACCUCAAAAUCUACCUGGCAAUUUAGAUCCUCAUUUACAAUUACACAUGAGUAACCUGCUCUCUAUGCAGAACCGUCUACCCACAACGGGUCUGCCAAACAAUAUACCUGCAGGUCUGGGAAAUGCCUUACCUGGAAAUUUACCACAACCUGAGGGACUAUCAACCAGUUUGCCCAGUUUGCAGACAUCUCAACUGAAUGCAGGCAAUAUGCCCAUAGGGGGUAUUCAAAGCAAUAUACCAGUCAGUAUUGGUGGGAGUAUUAAUGUACCUAGGCCGACUUCUAGGGGUUCGGAACAAAUUCCAUCUAGCCAAAGUGAUCCAAUCUCUAGUCUACUUAAGCAAUUACAGCAACAGAAACAAUCAACACCACAGGUGGAUAAUCUUUGGCAACAAAACUCUUUUCCUCCUCCAACUAAUAAUGGUACAUCACAGUGGCAGCAGUCUCAAAACGAAGUCCCAAUAUCAAUGUGGGACAUUCAAAAUACCACUCCACAAACUGUCCCUUCGCCUCCUUUAACACAGUCUGAAAAACUCCAGCAAGCAUUGCAACCGAAACCUACAAAGGUCGAUAAAGAUAAAGAACAGCAAAAAUUAAAGGAAGAAUCCCUCGCUAAAGAAUUGAAAAAGAAGAAAGAACUGGAAGAGAAACAAGCAAAAAAAGAUGCUGAAGAAAAGAGGAAGCAUGACCAAAGGAAACAAGAAGCUGAGAAGAAAUCCCUUGAGGAAAAGAGAAGAAAGGAAGAGGAAAGAGUCAAACGGGAAUUGGAAAAAGCUAAGAAGGAAGCUGAAGAAAAGAGACUUAGAGAAUUAGAAGAGAAAAGAAGACUCAAAGAACAGAGAAAACAGGAAGAAGAAGCUAAGAAAAGAACAGAGGAGCAGAAGAAAUUAGAUGAAGAUAAAAUAAGACAAGAAAUGAAGGAAAAAGAAGCAAGAAGGCUAGAAGAAGAAAAGAGAUUGCAACAAGAACAACAAAGAUUAGCAGCUAAAGUUGCACCUUGGUCUCAGUCGAAUUCUAACAUGGGUCUAAGUCUUACAGAAAUUCAGAAAGCCGAGAAGGAAAAGAGAGCAUUGGAUGCUGCUUUGCAAAUUCAGAGGUUACAGGAAAAAGAGCAUCAACAGCAGUUACAACAAGAAAAAGCACCCAUUCCUCAAUUUAAUUGGGCGAAAAAACCAGUUGAGCCUAGAAAAGUCAAAUCGUUGGCUGAAAUCCAGGCUGAAGAGCAGGAGAAACUGUUGAAGAUAUUUCAGCAAGCGGCUGAGACUAGGCUACAGAAAGAAAAGGAACCUACACCAGCGACUAAUAAUACCGGUACAGGCAUUUGGAGUAGCCAGAAUUUAACAUGGGCCUCUUCUUCGGCAAAUUGGUCAAGUUCAGGUGGUUUUUGGGAUGAUUCUUCCAUUAAACAAGGAGCAACUAAACCGUCCACUGUAACCAAAAGUAAUUCUGCAAAUAAUUUUACUACAUCUUCGAAACUUCAAACGCAAAAACCCGUCAAAAUCGCUAAACCGAUAAAGAAAGAGGAAACGAAUAAAUCGAAUCAUAAUAACAAUAAUAAUAAUGGACCGUCUACAGACGAAUUUAUGAAUUGGUGCUACAAUACCUUAUCAAAUAUAUCAACUAACGUAGAUAUUCCAACUUUUGUAACUUUUCUGCGGGAUAUCGAAUCCGCGUUCGACGUUAAAGAAUAUUGUAAGGAAUAUUUAGGCGACAGCAAUGCGACGCACCAAUUCGCACUAAAUUUUUUGGAAAAACGUCGGUCUUUUAAACCGAGAAAUAAUGCUCACAAAGACGAUAUGUGUUCCCCAGCUCCAGCUAUUACCCCAUCCUUGCAACAUAGUACUGAAUUCCAAGAGGUCAAGGGCAAAAACAAGAAAAACAAAAAAUCAAAAAUGUUGAAGGUGGAUUCCCGAAUAUUAGGCUUUAAUGUGACAUCUGCCCCUGACCGAAUCAACGUGGGUGAUAGAGAUUACGGUGAUAAUUCUUAAAAGAAAAUAGUUAUAUGUAAAAAACAGAUUGUUAUUAAUUGUACCUAAUUAUAUUAUACAUAUAUAAUUUUUAAGACAAUUUUUUUAGUUUAUUUCGCUUAUUUAUGUGUAAUACAUUUUUUUUUUGUUUUACUGAUUUUACUGUUUAAAUAUUAGUUUUACAUAAAAGUUUAUUAAUAUGAGUUUUUUUGGUCCCACUAGCGAACAAAAUAUGCCUAUUUUAUUCAGGUUAUUGUUUUCAACCUGCUCCUACUCAUAGGAUAUUAUCAGGUAUUUUAACAUGGUUUUCCUACCAAGGUUUUCUCAUGUUUUGGGAUAUUUUCCCAAUUAUGGUUUCUAAAAAACUUCCUACUGUGCUGUUUGG